UAUUAUAUUACUAUUCAAAAAUGUCAUUUAAAGAUUCAUGUUAACUUAAAUCAGGUAAAACCCUUAUAUUAUUCAAAAUGGUCGACCAAGAUAUUAGUAAUAAGUGAAGGAACACAAUUUCACCUAGACAUACUGUUGAUCCGUUUUUUGUGUUUGAGGUCAUGGCAACAAGAAAAAGUGUAACAAGCACACCUGCUCAGCAUUAUGCCUUUGGCCCAAAUAAAACAGAAUGUGACGCACAUGGUCAACAGCUCAGGUCGUACUGCCCAAGUCAUUUAAUGCCUUGCUGUGAUGAAUGCAUUCCUCAGAGUCAUUCAAAAUGUACUGGGAUAAGUAGUUUAGCAAGUGUAGUGGAGAAAACUAACAUUGAAAAAUCAAAAGAUUCUGUAGGAAAUGAAAUCAACUUUAUUUUAAACUUUUUGAAUAAACUGGCUCACAACAAAUCAGAAAACCUACAAAGAGGAGAAAAACAAUACCAAAACAUAAAGGCAUCAAUCAGUGAAAUUAAAACGGAAAUCAAUAAACAUUUGGACAACCUGGAGAAGAAGUUAUGCAAAGAAGCGGAUACCAUAUGGGGGCUGGAAAAAUCAAAAUUAACAGAUUUCAUGAAGGAAAUUGAAGAACAAAAGAAAAGGUUAAAGGAAGCGCAAGAUGAUUUACGUACAGUUCACUCCCAUACUUCAAAACUUCAAUCAUUUCUAGAAUUACAUCAGAUUGAACAACACGUUCAUCAAUGUCAACGAUAUGUUGACGAACAGAAUGAGACGGUUAGAGAGGUUGACAUCAAGUUAAAGCAAAAUGAUGAGAUACAGAUAUUAAGCAAAGUACAAUCACUAACGUCCUUAGGAGAAGUGAAGGUUGGUGAAACCGAAAUAACAUUGAGGAAAGAAAUAAGUUUUGGCAGGGAAGGACAAGUAGAAUUACAAUACCAACCAAACAUAAAUAACAUGACAAUGACUAUUGAAACAACGAUACAGAUUAACUUAAAGGAUGUUAUAAGUAUCAGUGACAUGAUUUGUCUGUUGGAUGGAAGAAUUAUAGUAGUUGAACUACGGGGUAACGUUAGUAUACUUACUUCAGAUGGGAAACUUCAGAAACAACUAACUUUUGAUGAUGGAGCCCGGAAUGUCACACAGAUCAAACAGAACGCUAUUGCAAUAACGUAUCCUCGUGAGAAGGCCAUUAAGAUGUUCAAUAUAGAGAAUGAAACCAUAACCAAAGUUAUUACAUUAGACAAAAAGUGUUGGGGUUUAUCUUCCUCCAAUAAUGCUCUGGUUGUAGGUUUGCAUAGGAAUGAAAUCCGUUUUAUAGACAUGGAAGGAAACACACAGCUGGCGUCAAUAGAAGUUCAGAAUGAAACACUACUGUAUAAUCUUGUUUGCUGUAAUGACGUAGUAAUCUUUAGUGACUAUAAAGGCAAAGCAGUAAGUUGCAUUAACAAAUCAGGUGAACAGAUCUGGCAAUAUCAGCAGGAUUUUUUAGGACCAAGGGGACUUUGUACAGAUACUUAUGGUAACAUUAUUGUAGCAGACAUGGUAUCUGAUAGAAUAAUAGUUAUAUCAAAGGAUGGACAGGAGAGCAAAGUAUUGAUUAGCAAAGAGGAUGGACUGACGUUUCCUCAGAUUAUUUGUUUUAGUGAGUCAUCUGUUUUUAUUUGUUAUCGCUCUGUUACAAACGACGAAUUAGCCAAUUACGUUACAAAAUUCAAUUUAUCUUAUGGAUAA